AGCUGUGAUUGUUGUGGAAGAUUAGUCUCUGAUGAUCGACUAUACAGAUUACUGGAAGUUUUGAAGCUUAAUAGCUGUUUGUCAAAGGAUUAAGUUACAGUUCCAAGUCAUUUAUCUUUGAGGAAAACUAUUUACAUAACAUUGAUUGUUUAUAUGUUGUCACAUUUUCACUCUUAAGCAAAUUUGAAAUUGCUAAGGAAAAUCCGUUAGAACAGGCCUUCAAUUUGAACAUGUCGCCUUGGGCGGGCCUAGAAUAACGCGGAUGGCAUCCACCCGAACCGAGUCUGUCCAGUGAGAACGCCACGCCCGACUGGGGGCUUGUCGGUUGGUUACUUCUUUCUCUCUCGCCCACUAAAUAUAGCAGUACCGCCUCAGAUUCACCUCGGCCUUCCCGGAGAAUGGCCCACGGGUCGUCCCCGGCCUCGUCGGCUCAUCCGGUCCCCGCCCCUUGGUGUUUUCGUCGGUGGCGAUGGGAAGAGGUGAAGCCGGGCUCGCCGGGAGCUGAUCCCUGGCCCAAAGCUCGCAGUGGGCAUCGUUUGGUAUUUCAUGCGGGUCAGAUCUACUUGUUCGGCGGCUACAACCCCAACCUGACCUUGGAUGAUCCGGAGAUGGCCGAUGAUCCCCAUUGGGCUCAGCAUUCACCUCUCUUCAACGAGCUUUGGCGGUUCAACGUGAGCGCCCGCCGUUGGACGCAGCUGACCAUGCACGGGGAGGGGCCUCGGGCUCUAGCUUCGCAUACCAUGGUCUCCUAUCGGGGCCGACUAGUGGUGUACGGAGGCACGGGCAGUCCCUUUGGCUUGACCACCUCCAACGAGGUGUUUGCCUUCAACUUGGACACGCAACAUUGGGAGACCUUGGCCGUUGAGGCCGCUUCGCCCGAACUGCCCCCGGCUUUAUACGGUCAGGCGUGUCUCCUGGACGGGCCAUCUCUCUUCACCAUGGGCGGCACUUCGGGCUUUCAAUACCAUAUAGAUGUCCAUCGGUUGGACCUGGAGCAAAAGGCUUGGUCGCGCCUCACCCCGGAUCCCAACCCUUUGGUGUCCGACCCCUUUCUUCCCCCGGCUCGUUAUCGGCACGAGCUCUGUCUCCAUCAAAAGCGUCUGCUGGUUCUGGGUGGGGGUACCUCGAUGGAGGCCUUUGGGUUUGAGCAAAUCCCCGCCUUUAACCUGGAAACCGGUCUCUGGGAGCGCCAGACCACAUGGCCCAAUCGGAGGAGUGCCCAAGAGUUCCCCGAACCUCGACGAUGUCACAGUAUCUCGCACUGGGGUGACGAUGUAUUUCUCUGCGGUGGUUUCGAUGGCGACGCGAUCUUCAACCAGCUUUGGCGGCUCCAUCUCCCCACCAUGCGAUGGUAUCAUAUCAAGUGCCCUUUGCCCCACCCGGUUUACUUUCAUGACGCCACCGUUACCCAAUCGGGGCAAGCCUACAUCUUUGGGGGUGUCACGAACAUGGAAAGCAAUACUCGCAGUGACCAGUUGUAUCGAACCUGGUUGACCAUUCCCUCGCUCCGAGAGAUGGCCUGGGAGGCGGUCAAUCAUUAUUGCCCCAAUUUGGCCGAUGAAUCGUCAGAAACUCUCAUGGAAAUGGGUGUGCCACGUGAAUUCGUGUCGCGCCUCUUUUAUGGGAGUGAUCAAGCGGGUUAGGGACCUUUCAAACUCGUCUCAAUCAUGAUCUCCUAAUAUUGUGAUGGGGUAGCUCAUUAAUGUCCGAGAAUGUGUGGCUCACGCACGGACGGCAUUCAUUCAUCAUUAGCUUUGGCUGUUAUUAAAGACGAUAUUUGAAUGAUUUGCCAAAUCAAUUCAAUCGUUCUCCUCUUCAGGUGCUGUGUCAUUUUCAGCUCAAGAGUUUCAUACAAUUUGACUGACCUUAAUUUGACGUAAUGAUUGUGCUGGUUCAUGUAUCGGGUUGUGGCAUGGCGUUGCCUUGCUUCUGGACUACCAACGAAAUGUCAGAUUAACGGGCCCCUUUAACGAAGAUUGGGCGAUGAUCGAUUGGUUUGCUAUACAUUAUUUGGAAGAUAAUAAAUGUGCGCUGGGCCAAGGAUCCUCACCACGGCAA